AUGACGGUCUUUGUGUGUUCACUCUUCCUCCCAAAAACCAUACAUUUUACUCUCCCCGGUACUCCUCCUCCCGGCGUCGAUCCUGCCCGAACUUCAUUGUCUGGUUCCUCAAACAUUAACCUUGGAGGCGACACUCGAGCUUCAUUGUCUGGAUCGUCAGCUCCCAAGACUGCUCCCCUCCCUCCCAAGCCUGCUGCUCCUACUGGUGGACGACCUGCGCCUCUUAACCGUCAACCGAGUCUUUUCCAGAAAGAAGACAUCACACCUCCCCGAACACCGACCGAAGAGGUUGACCAAACUCUAUUCGCGAACGAAGAUGGAAUCAGAAUACCUCAAGGAAGACCCGGCUCUAAUGCUGGCGGUGGAAAGCCUUGGGGUAGCCGAGCCAACCAGCCCAAGUCGCGAGCCAGCUCUCCUCCUCCUCCCGCUUCAUUGUCCGAGAACAACCGUACCAUGCAAAAGGCCCGAGAACUAGGACGUCAGGGUGUUUUGCAGCCUAGAUCUCUUGUUCGAAGCGACAGCCAUGACCGAGUCUUUGCUUCUGCUGGAUGGAUGGUUGUGAAUGCUGAUCAGGGUAACGGUGGUCUUCGCAAUGCUGCUGAUGCCGCUGCUCGUGAUGGCAAGAUUGACGAGAUUACAUGGGUUGGUACUCUUGGCAUGCCUACUGAUGCACUUGAGGGUACCGCGCAAAAGCAGGAUAUUGAGGAUGUUCUGGCUACUGAGCACAACAUGUUGACAGUCUUCUGCUCCGACAAGGAUUUCGACGGCCACUACGCUCACUUCUGCAAACACAUUCUCUGGCCCGUCUUCCACUACCAAAUCCCCGACAACCCCAAGAGCAAGGCAUACGAGGAUCACUCUUGGAAGUACUACGUCAACGUUAACCAAGCCUUUGCCGACCAGAUUGUCAAGAACUGGAAGCGAGGUGAUGUUGUCUGGAUUCACGACUACCACCUGCUUCUUGUUCCUGGAAUGGUUCGCAAGAAGAUUCCCGAGGCCAAGAUUGGUUUCUUCCUUCACGUCGCUUUCCCUUCAUCCGAGGUUUUCCGAUGCCUGGCUGUCCGAAAGGAGCUUUUGGAGGGUAUGCUCGGUGCUAACCUCGUCGGUUUCCAAAUUCACGAGUACGGACGACAUUUCCUCCAGACCUGCAGUCGCAUUUUGAACGCCGAGGCUACGCCGGAUGGUCUCCAACUCGAGGACCGAUUUGUUGAUGUUAUCCAUCUGGCUAUUGGUAUUGAUCCCGUCAGUCUUCGCGAGCACCUUGAUGCGCCAGAGGUUGCCAAAUGGUUGCAAGUUAUGCAGGAUCGCUACAAGGGCAAGAGGCUCAUUGUCGCUCGUGAUAAGCUUGACCACGUCCGUGGUGUCCGCCAGAAGCUGCUGUCUUAUGAGUUGUUCCUCAACAAAAACCCUCAGUGGCGUGAGAAUACUGUUCUCAUCCAAGUUGCUCUUUCGUCCAGUGAAAAGAGUGAUCUCGAGGCCACCGUUAGCGACAUUGUGACCCGAGUUAACUCUUCGUGGGCCAAUCUUGCAUACCAGCCGGUUGUUUACCUCAAGCAGGAUAUUGACUACGCUCAGUACCUUGCUCUGUUGACCAUUGCUGAUGCGCUCAUGAUUACCAGCCAACGCGAGGGUAUGAACUUGACUUCCCAUGAGUACCUCUUCUGUCAGGAUGGAAAGCUGUUGCCUGAGAAGAAGCAUGGUUCUCUGAUUCUUUCCGAGUUUACUGGUACUUCAUCUCUAUUCGCCAAGAACGAGCUUGCUGUCAACCCUUGGGAUUACCGUGCUUGUGCCGAUGCUAUCAAGCAAGCUUUGGAGAUGGGCGACGAGGAAAAGGACCAGCGAUGGAACAAUCUCUACGGCCGUGUUAUCAAGCACACUGGAGCUCACUGGUUUACGCAGUUCCUUGGCCGUCUUGAUAUUGUCUACGAGGAGCAGCACAAGCGAGACCAGACUUCAGUUCCUCGUCUGUCUGUCCCUGCUCUUUCUAACAAGUACGUCAAUGCUCAGCGUCGUCUAUUCAUCAUUGAUUACGAAGGCACACUUGUUGCUUGGGGUCCUGUCAACCAGAUUAUCCCCAUCAGCCCUCAGCGAACACUUGACGUUCUCAACGAUCUUCUUCUCGACGAGCGAAACACUGUCUACGUCAUGUCUGGUCGCCGACCUGAAGAGCUCGACCGUGUCUUCCGUCGCGUUCCUAACCUGGGUCUCAUUGCCGAGAAUGGAUGCUUCCUCAAGGCUCAUGGUGACGAGUCGUGGACUGAGAUGGCUGAUCUCGAGCAUAUCAAGGACUGGAAGGAGUCUGUGCGACCCAUCAUGACAUACUACCUUGAACGAACUCCCGGAGCCGAAAUUGAAGAACGCCGCUGUAGUUUGAUCUUCCACUACAAGAGUGCGGAGGAUUAUGAGACCGCCUCACGACAAGCUUCCGACUGUGCCAGCCAUGUCAACGACGCCUGUGAAUCUCAGCGCGUACAUGCUAUCGCUCUUGAUGGAUGUAUCGCUGUUGAGCCUAUCGAUUGGACCAAGCGUACUGCCGCCCGAAAGGUUUUCGAGACUCUCAAGGAGGAGAUGAGCUCUACUCAAGAACACAAGCAAGCAGUUGACUUUUUGAUGGUCAUCGGUGAUGGACGAGAGGAUGAAAAGGUAUUCAAGUGGGCCAACAGACUACAAGACGACGGUUCAGUAAAGAAUGUCGUGACAGUUAGUCUUGGUAACCGUAAUACCGAAGCAACAGCUACCCUUACCCAGGGUGUCAGUGGCGUCCUCUCUUGUCUUCAGCGCCUUGCCUCACUUGAGUGA